UUUAUGUGCUACGUUAAUUGUGCUUUUCCACGGCCGAUGUAUGAUUGAUGCGUAUCAUGGAACCGCCGCCAGCGUCUCUCUACCGUUCCAUCUACUCCCAGGUAGAAUAUGCUGGUGUUUUGUACCUCAGAUUGAAGAGGUUGGAUGGGAGCACCUGUUGAACUUGGAAGAUGAUCUAUCCUCUCUCAGCUUUCGCAUUGUAGAUAAGAAAGGAAGAACCCAUACUUUGGAGAUCACGUUGCCUAGAAACUAUCCUCGCAGCUCUCCUUCGAUCUCCGCGGAUGUUCCUUACAUCUGUGAGUUAGAGUGGUCAAAAAACUCCAGAUUGAAAGAUAUUGUGAGGCAAUUCAACAAGCACUUAGAGAAGCUGCAGGAGUUUUGGUCUACCAUGGAUGAAAUUGAUAGGUCGCUUUGGGUUAUGGACCCAAAACAGCCAUCUAAUGCUGCAUCACACCGGCGGAUUAACCUUGGAAACGAGUGCUAUCUUUUAUUAUCUAUUGAUGCUCAUAAUUCAAAAUCUUUACCAGAGUGCCGUUUCCUGGGGCCAAAUACAGUAAUAGAACCACUGUGGAGAAACUGGAAGAAAAAUGGUAGACACUGGAAAAAGGACAAAAGAUUUGAUGAAAAUCUUGCAACUUUGUUGGAGCAUACAUUACCAAAAGCUCCUACUCUUGGCAAUAAGGAUGAAGAAACAACUGAUUGUGGAAUAUGUUACGCUCAGUAUCUGCCUAUUGAUGAUGAACUUGGAGUUAACAGUGGAGGAUCUCCUGAUUAUACCUGUGAGAAUUCAAGUUGCAGUAAAGCUUUUCACACUGUAUGCUUAAGAGAUUGGCUACGUUCGAUCACUACAACCAGACAGUCCUUUGAUGUUUUGUUUGGGGACUGCCCCUAUUGUUCUGAUCCCGUUGCCGUUAAAACUAACAGCUGCAGAUAAUAUGAGGAAACACCAAGCAAUUGCUCAUAUUAGUCAUAUUAUCGUGACAAGCAAGAAACUUUUUGUUGAUCCUUGUAACGAUGGAAAAACUAUAGUAAUUUGAGGAUGUCGUUCAGAUAUUUAAACUGGAGGAUUAUUAUUAAAGGAGUUGACAAGCCUUGCGAUC